AUGGAACAGCCGCAGAUUACAAGGAUUCCUCACUGGAAGCUGCUCACGGACCAGGCAGUCGUCACCGAUGAGAUUGUCAAUUACCCUUAUCCAGGAAGUGGCACUGAAGAUGACCCGUACCUGGUCUCAUGGCUUCCUAAUGACCCUCGAAAUCCAAUGACCUUUCCGGAGUACAAAAAAUGGAUGUAUACACUUGCGGUGUCGAUAUCAACCUUGGCGGUUGCCCUGGUCUCGUCUGCUUAUUCCGGCGGUAUCGAGGAGAUCAUGGCGGAUUUCCAUAUCGGAACUGAGUUAGCAACUUUGGGUAUAUCGCUUUUCGUCUUAGGGUUUGCCAUCGGACCUCUGCUAUGGGCCCCCCUCAGUGAACUGUUUGGCCGUCAAUAUCUCUUCACUAUAAGCUAUUGCGGCCUGACUAUCUUCAAUGCGGCUGCUACAGGCGCAAAGAACUCUUGGUCUUUAAUCAUCUUUCGGUUCUUUGCCGGCUGUUUCGGAUCGUCACCACUGACCAAUGCCGGUGGUAUCAUUGCGGAUAUGUUCUCUGCGCGCCAUCGUGGACUUGCAAUGAGUCUUUUCGCUUCCGCCCCUUUCAUGGGUCCUGUUAUUGGACCUAUUGUUGGAGGGUUCCUUGGUGAAGCUGCAGGCUGGAAGUGGGUCAUGGGCCUUCUGGCAGCCUUUUCUGGUGUUGUCUGGAUCGCUUGCAGUCUUUUUGUUCCGGAAACCUAUGGGCCAGUCCUUCUACGAAGAAGAGCGGCUCGCUUGUCAUCUCUGAAGGGGAAGGCCUAUCUCUCUCAGCUUGAUGCAAAGCAGGGCGGGAUCCCAUCGCCUAAAGAGGCGUUCAAAACCUCCCUCUCUCGUCCCUGGGUCCUUCUCUUCAAGGAACCGAUCGUAUUGCUCUUGUCCAUCUACAUGGCCAUUAUCUACGGCACACUGUACAUGCUUUUCGCGGCCUUCCCCAUCGUGUACCAACAGAACCGUGGCUGGAGUCAAGGUAUCUCCGGCCUUGCCUUCCUAGGUAUUCUGAUCGGAAUGCUCUGUGCGCUCGCCUUCACCAUCUACGACAACAAGCGGUACAUCGGUGUCCAAGCCAAACACAACGGGUUCGCCCCUCCCGAGGCCCGUCUUCCUCCCUGCCUCAUCGCCUCCAUCGCCGUGCCAGUCGGUCUCUUCUGGUUCGCAUGGACCAACUACCCCAGCAUCCACUGGCUCGCCAGUAUCGCCGCCGGCGCGCCCUUCGGCUUCGGAAUGGUUCUCCUCUUCCUGAGCGUAAUGAACUACCUCAUCGACUCGUACACCAUCUUCGCUGCCUCCGUCCUCGCCGCCAACUCCGUCCUCCGUUCCAUCUUCGGCGCCGUCUUCCCCCUCUUCACUACAUACAUGUACGCCGACUUAGGAAUCCACUGGGCCUCCAGUAUCCCGGCCUUCCUUGCCCUCGCCUGCGUUCCCUUCCCCUUCCUCUUCUACAAAUACGGCGCCGCCAUCCGCCAGCGCUGCAAAUUCGCUGCGCAAUCAGACGCCUUCAUGCGCCAGAUGAUGGAAGGCGCUGCUGCCGCGGCCACGAAAACAGAAGAAAAAACUGAACCAACUGUUAGCGCUCCUGAAGUUUCUCCGGCCGCUGAAGAGAAGGAAGUCGAGUUUGAACGCAAACACUCUACCUCUGAUUCGAGUCCUAAUACUCUUAAUCACUCGUCGGAGUCGGAUGUCAAUGCACUCCCGUCUGAGCAGCCUGUUCGACGGAGUCGCACUUUCUCGUUGCAUUCGAGGCGCGCAAGCACCGUUGACUCGAAACCUGCGUAUGAGGAGAACCCGUAUGAUAUUGAUCGGGUGCAUACGCGGGAAUCGUUCAAGUAG